AUGCGUCGCGGCAGGGAAAAAUCCCUCAACCGCUCGAGCUCCUCCUUCCCCCCUAUGUCGCCGUCGGCCCAAUUUCGCCUCGCCCUGCCCAAUCCCGCCUCGCUCCGCCGCCCCGCCUCGCCUCCGACCCCUACCGCCCCGCCUGCGCCCGGGCCGAAUCGGCCGCCGCCCCGCCCCAACUCCGCUCGCGCUCGUCCACCGGCGGUCAAGAUGCCGCCGCGCCGCGCCAUGCCGCGCUCGUCCACCGGCUACCACGACAUGCGGCUCCGCCCCUCCGGCCGGUGGGCCGCCGAGAUCAUGCGCGGCGGCGAGCGCUUUUGGCUCGGGACUUUUGAGUCGGCGGAACUCGCCGCCGGCGCGUACGACGUCAUGGUGUGGCGUUUCGACGGUGUCGCCGGGCCGCGGAACUUCUUCGACGUCGACAACCUCGCGGCAGCGGAGUUCGUGGCGCCGGCGUUCAACGUCAUUACCCGCACCGAGGAGCGCGCCGUCCGCCGGAAAUACAUGUGGAUGUCCAUCCGCAACCGCGAUGAGGUGGACAUGGCCGCCUUCCGCGCGGCGCAUCCGCAACACGUCGAAGCGGAGCUGGAGUUCUACGCGCAACUGACGGCGCAACGAGCUGCAGCGGCCGCCGCUUGUCCGUCUUCAUCCUCGGUGCCGCCUCCCACUAUCGUAGUCGACGACGAUCCUGAUUGGAUCGACAAUAUGGUCGUGGAGCUGGAGGCUGAGGAAGCCGCCAAGAAGACCGUGGAGGACGACGACAAUCCCGAUUGGUGCAACAAGAUGGUCGUGAAGCUGGAGGCGAAGGAAGCCGCCGAGGAAGCUGCCAAGAAGGCCGCGGAGGAUGGCGACAACUCCAAUUUUGAUGAGGACUUCUGGGAUAAACCCUAG